AUGGAGGUUCAGGAAAUGGAGCGUUGUUUUGAUACAUUGGCUUCUCUCUGCCUACAGCAAGUAUCAAAAUCAGUCUCAGACGUCGGUUAUUGCAGACUAGAGGAAAUUGCAGAACUGCCAACCCAUCUUUUAGUGGAUCUUGCCCCAUUGUUGAGUGCAGAGAAUCUUGUCGUGCUGCAUCCAAUUUUUCUCAGGAAAGGUGUUAGUGUACGACAUCACUGGCAGAAAUUGAACAGAGAUGUCUUCAAGAGAGACAAUUGGGCCCAACAGUGUGCUUUCCACGACCCUUCAUUUGCCCAAGAAGAUUGGCGACAAAUAUUCCUUGAUAACACAUGUCAGCAAAAGCUCAAAGCCAUAGAGCAUUGUAAGCCAGAGGAGCUUCAACAACAACAUGAUAUUCAGAGUUUGAAGGUGCAGAGCAUACUGCAUAAUCCAUUCUGCAAUCCAAGCGAUGAUGUCAUCAGCCGGACGGGAAAACCCCUGGAGGAUUAUUUCCCAUCCUCUCUGUGUCUGGAAAGUCACCUUCUUCCAUAUAUCCAGGCCAAUCCUGUCUCUAUGUAUUCCCUACAAAGAAAUCUCAAGGAGCUUGUACUGUCCAAUUACCUACCCAAGUACAAACAAGUCUUAAAGACAUUCUUGGAGCGCUUGAUCCAUGGAGGUGUCCUCAGAAAGCUGACUCUCAAGCACCCAAAGUGUCUUACCCCAGGUGAGCUGUUCAGUAUUCUGGAUGUCUGCGCUGGAAGACGCUUUGAAGAUGAACAAGAUAGUAUAAAGACAAGGAGGUCAUGCAAGAAGAAGACCAACAUCGAAGCAUCUUCAUGUUGUAAUGGAACGAAGCAAGGUUGCUUAAAGAAUCAUGAUACAGGAAGGAUAGGAUCUUUACAGAGAUCUAAACUAGAAACCCUUGAGCUUCAGUCAACUGAUUUUGAGUUUCUGUCUGAUGCGGAAUCAGUGAAUGGCAGCAAUGGACAGCUACUACUGCAUGAAAUAGCGGACGGCUUCAGCCAGCUUCGCACCAUCAAAUUGAGCCUAGACAAAUUGAGAUCCCUUCUCUGCCUAGAGAGGGCGCUAUUGCAUCCAAACAGCAACAUCACUCAUCUGGCUUUAAGGAGCUGUCAACUAACUACAGCAAUGCUUGACUUUUUCUUCUUACAUGUUAAGGAUAGUCCAAGUUUGCAAGAAUUGGAUGUUAGUCUUAACACCUACACCCCUGGGCGGACUGGUCAGCUUUCUGGCUUGGUGCAACUUCUACAGAGCAACAAACUCACUAAGCUGGACCUAGUUGGAUGUCACUUCAAUCUACAAGGUUGGAUACAUGCUAAUGAUUUCAUAACAGCUCUACGAAAUAAUCUUUCCCUUCGUCAGCUGGGUCUGGCACUAAACGCCCUCAGGGAUCGCUGCUUGCAACUUUUCGCUGAGGCGUUUGUUUGCCGUUCACCAGACACGCCCGAGAGUGGUAUCCCCACCCCACGACUCUGCUUUGAUAUAAGUAACAACUCCCAAGUGACCUACGAGGGUCUAGAGGCAUUCUUCAGGACCCUCCACCACGCCAGCAAGACACCAGGACUUGGGGUCAACCCACCUUGCCACCUGAUCACAUCGAUGGCCAAGUACCACCAUCUGAUAGUCGCCAAAGCCCUCAGGAUGACAAUCACGGAAGUUGUAAACAUCCAGCUUCUACAUUUUGGGGAGGGGGGUCAGAUGCAGAGACCCAAGUAAAGUACAUAUACCCUUAAAAAGGUGAUAGGAUUGCUCGAUCGUAACCGCUGGAAGUGUGACUUUGGAAUAUCCAAAUGCUGUACAUUGGACAUUUAUUAUAAAAGGCAAAUGACACAUUUGGUAAUUGUUAAAGAGCAGCUACUUGUGUCAUCGGUUGUGUCUUGACAUUUGUAUAAAAUAACAAAUCUGUGAAUACUUGGGCGCAAUUGGUCAUUCAAGUUGCAAGAAAAAAUGAAACAAAAACACCCUUGUAGCACAAAUUGUGUGUGCUUUCUGAUGCCUAAAAAAAU